AUGGCUGAAGGUGUUUUCCAAGGUGCUAUCGGUAUCGAUUUAGGUACAACCUACUCUUGUGUUGCUACUUACGAAUCCUCCGUUGAAAUUAUUGCCAACGAACAAGGUAACAGAGUCACCCCAUCUUUUGUUGCUUUCACUCCAGAAGAAAGAUUGAUUGGUGAUGCUGCCAAGAACCAAGCUGCUUUGAACCCAAGAAACACUGUUUUCGAUGCUAAGCGUUUGAUUGGUAGAAGAUUCGACGACGAGUCUGUUCAAAAGGACAUGAAGACCUGGCCUUUCAAGGUUAUCGAUGUUGACGGUAACCCAGUCAUUGAAGUUCAAUACUUGGAAGAAACUAAAACUUUCUCCCCACAAGAAAUUUCCGCUAUGGUUUUGACCAAGAUGAAGGAAAUCGCUGAAGCCAAGAUUGGUAAGAAGGUUGAAAAAGCUGUCAUUACCGUCCCAGCUUACUUUAACGAUGCCCAAAGACAAGCUACCAAGGAUGCUGGUGCCAUUUCUGGUUUGAACGUUUUGCGUAUCAUCAACGAACCUACUGCCGCUGCUAUUGCUUACGGUCUAGGUGCUGGUAAGUCCGAAAAGGAAAGACACGUUUUGAUUUUCGAUUUGGGUGGUGGUACUUUCGAUGUUUCCUUAUUGCACAUUGCUGGUGGUGUUUACACUGUUAAAUCUACUUCCGGUAACACCCAUUUGGGUGGUCAAGAUUUCGACACCAACUUGUUGGAACACUUCAAGGCCGAAUUCAAGAAGAAGACUGGUUUGGACAUCUCCGACGAUGCCAGAGCUUUGAGAAGAUUAAGAACCGCUGCUGAAAGAGCUAAGAGAACUUUAUCUUCUGUCACUCAAACUACCGUUGAAGUUGACUCCUUGUUCGAUGGUGAAGAUUUCGAAUCCUCUUUGACUAGAGCUAGAUUUGAAGACUUAAACGCUCCAUUGUUCAAGUCUACUUUGGAACCUGUUGAACAAGUUUUGAAGGAUGCUAAGAUCUCCAAGUCUCAAAUUGACGAAGUUGUCUUGGUUGGUGGUUCUACCAGAAUUCCAAAGGUCCAAAAGUUGUUGUCUGACUUCUUCGAUGGUAAGCAAUUGGAAAAAUCUAUUAACCCAGAUGAAGCUGUUGCAUACGGUGCUGCUGUUCAAGGUGCUAUCUUGACCGGUCAAUCCACUUCCGAUGAAACCAAAGACUUGUUGUUGCUAGAUGUUGCUCCAUUAUCUCUAGGUGUCGGUAUGCAAGGUGACAUGUUUGGUAUUGUUGUCCCAAGAAACACUACUGUUCCAACUAUCAAGAGAAGAACUUUCACCACUUGUGCUGACAACCAAACCACAGUUCAAUUCCCAGUUUACCAAGGUGAACGUGUCAAUUGUAAGGAAAACACUUUGUUGGGUGAAUUCGAUUUGAAAAACAUCCCAAUGAUGCCAGCUGGUGAACCAGUCUUGGAGGCUAUCUUCGAAGUUGAUGCUAACGGUAUCUUGAAGGUUACUGCCGUCGAAAAGUCCACCGGUAAGUCCUCUAACAUUACUAUCUCUAACGCUGUCGGUAGAUUGUCUUCUGAAGAAAUCGAAAAGAUGGUUAACCAAGCCGAAGAGUUUAAGGCUGCUGAUGAAGCUUUCGCUAAGAAGCACGAAGCCAGACAAAGAUUGGAAUCUUACGUUGCUUCCAUUGAACAAACUGUCACCGACCCAGUCUUGUCUUCUAAAUUGAAGAGAGGUUCUAAGUCCAAGAUCGAAGCUGCUUUGUCUGAUGCUUUGGCUGCUUUGCAAAUCGAAGACCCAUCUGCCGAUGAGUUGAGAAAGGCUGAAGUUGGUUUGAAGAGAGUUGUCACCAAGGCCAUGUCUUCUCGUUAA